AUGACCCAGGCCCACCCAACCCAGGCCUGCAGCAACGUGACCCAGGCCCAGAACUACCCUCGGCAGUCAGAUGCACAGGCCCAGCCCCGACAAACCCAGCAGCAUCGCAGAGAGAGUCCAACGAGCCCCGGCACCAGGCCCACUUCUGACUCCCCAUCCAGCCAGGAGAGCCAGUCCAGGGCUGAUAAACCAUCACCUGUCCUUACCAGUGCUAUUCCUAACCAGCCGUGUCUGAUUGGUCCCUCCAAUUCACCGCUUCCUGUCCCUCCUAGAGCUAGUGUCUCGCUGAACCAGCCCAGUGACACCACCAGCCCUGACAGCAUGGAUGAGGAAGAGGAGGAGGAGGUAGAUGACAGCUGCUCAGAGUACGACAACGUGGGUUCAGACGUUGAAGGUGUGGAGCAGGUCUUUGAUGAGGCGCUGCAGGUGGAAGACCAGGGGAUGGAGGUGAGGUACGACGGCCACGACCUUGAGCCGCAAGAUGUCAGCUACGUAGAGAGUGAGGAUGGCAUCUAUGUGGAACACCUAGACGGAACCUACAUGGAACACCUAGACGGAACCUACAUGGAACACCUAGACGGAACCUACAUGAAACACCUAGACGGAACCUACAUGGAACACCAAGACGGAACUUACAUGAAACACCAAGACGGAACCUAUGUGAAACUCCAAAAUGGAACCUAUGUGAAACUCCAAGACGGAACCUACAUGAAACUCCAAGACGGAACCUACAUGAAACUCCAAGACGGAACCUACAUGAAACUCCAAGACGGAACCUAUGUGAAACUCCAAGACGGAACCUACGUAAAACUCCAAGACGGAACCUACAUGAAACUCCAAAACGGAACCUUCGUGGAAUGUGAAGACCGAACUUACAUAGAACACGAAGACGGAACGUAUGUGAGGCAUGAAGAUGAAACCUACGUAGAAGAAUACAAGGAUGGACCCUAUUGCCCCAAAGAUGCCGCCUAUGUAGAAGGUGAGGAUGGUACCUAUGUGAAGGGUAGUGUGGAGGGGGACAGCCUGGAGGGGGACAGCAGCACCACUGUACAAUACAAACCCACUAGACCAAUGCACGGCCCUGAGUGCGAGGAGAUGCAGGAUACAGAUAGAAAUCCCCGUAGCUCCUCUGAGCAUCACCAUCAGUUCAAUGACAAUCCACAACAGACACCCAAGGCUAGAGAUGAGGAGGAGGAAGAGGAGGUGGAGGGGCAGGAGGAGGAGAAUUUCCCAGAUGAAAGUGGUGAAACAGAGGAAGAGCGGGAUGUGACCACGUACACAGAGGAGGAGUCUGAAGAGACAGAGGACAGACAGCAGGAGGAACAAACCACAAGAGAGGGAGAGAGGGAGGGGGAGAGGGUGAGAGAGAGAGAGAGGAAGGGGGAGAGGGUGAGAGAGAGAGAGAGGAAGGGGGAGAGGGUGAGAGAGGGAGAGAGGGAGGGGGAGAGGGUGAGAGAGGGAGAGAGGGAGGGGGAGAGGGGGAGAGAGGGAGAAGAAAGGGGAGGGAGGGUGAGAGAGGAAGGGGGAGGGUGAGAGAGAGGAGAGAGAGGGGAGGAGAGGGAGAGGAAGGGGGAGAGGUGGAGGGAAGGAGGGAGGAGAAGGGGAGAGGGGCAGAGGGAGAGAGGAGUGAAGAGGGGAGAGGAGGGAGGAGGGAGAGGGAGGAGAGAGAGGGAGAGGGGGAAGAGGGUGAGAGAGGGAGAGAGAAGGGGGAGAGGGAUGAGGAAGGGAGGGAGGGAGGGGGAGAGGGGGAGAGGAGAAGGGGGGGAGGGGGAGAGAGGUGAGAAGGGCAGAGGGGAGUGAGAAGAGGAGGGGAGGUGAGAGAGGAGAAGGAGGGGAGAUGAGGAGAGAGGGAGGGGGGGGAGGGAGAGGGUGAGUAGAGGAGAGACGGAGGGGGAGGGUGGAGAGGGAGGAGAGGGAGAGGGGAGGAGGAGAGAGGAGGGGGGGGUGAGGGUGGAGAGGGGAGAGAGGAGGGGGGGAGAGGGGAGAGAGGGAGAGAGGGAGGGUGAGAGGGUGAGAGAGGGAGAGAGGAGGGGGGAAGGGGAGAGAGGAGAGAGGGAGGGGGAGGUGAGAGGGGAGAGGGGGGAGAGGGGAGGAGGGAGGAGGGGGGGGAGGGUGGAGAGGGGAGGGAGAGGGAGCGGGGAGAGGGAGGGUUGAGAGGGUGAGAGAGAGGGGAGGGGGAGGGUGAGGAGGGAGAGAGGGAGGGGGAGAGGUGAGCGAGAGAGGGGGGGGGAGGAGCGGGGCGAGGGGAGCGAGGGGCGGGGAGGUGGGGGGAGGGAAGGAGGGGGGCGGGUGGAGAGAGGGAGAGGGGUGGGGGGAGGGUGAGAGAGGGAGAGAGGGUGGGGAAGGGAGGGAGGGGGGAGAGGGAGAGAGGGAGGGGGCAAGGUGAGAGAGGGAGAGGGGGAGAGGGGGAGAGAGGGAGGGGGAGAGGGGGAAGGGCGGGGAGAGAGGGUGAGAGGAAGAGGGAGAGUGUGAGAGAGGGAGAGAGGGGUGACAGGGAGGAUGGUGAGGUCAGCUCUUUGGGAAACUGUAACACCCCAGAGGACAGUACAAUCUCAGUGUGUGUCUCAGCGUCCCCACAAAGGGGGAGUGGUGGGGGAAGCGAUUGGACUUGUGAGGCCCCUCAAAGGGCCCAUAAGGGGGUGAAGAGGCAGGGGAGGGGAGGAGGACGGGGAGGGAGGAGUGGGAAGGAAGGAGGAAGGGGCUGGAGGGAGACUGACAGGGAGGACGACACUGGCCAGAUAGUGUCUGAGAUAAAGGUAUGCAUGAGCAGCAGCAGCAGCUCAGAGACACAGGACUGCAGAGAGGCUGCCACCAGGCCCAGACCACCAAGGCCCAGGCCCAGGCCCAGAUCCGGCCCCAGCUCCAGCACCCCACACCUUCACCAGACAGAAUCCCACACUCAGCUGACCAAGACCCGCCCAAAACAGGCCUACCAGACCCACACCUACCUGACAGAGGUCCAUACUGGCCCGACAAAAGCCUAUCCAACACAGAAGCACCAGCUAGAGGCCCAGAGCGAAGCCCGACAGAGCCAGCAGACUAAGACACAGGACUGCAGAGAAGGUGCCAUCAGGCCUAGACAUAGAUCUGGCUCUAACACACCACACCCUCACCCUCCCCAGGCCCUGGCCCAGCAGACACACACCCAGCCUCACCAGAUCUGCCCAAAACAGGCCCAUCCUGCAAAGACCCACAACCACCCGACACAGGCCCAGACACUGCAGCACCACAGAGAAGGUCCCGUCAGGCGCAGCCCUAGGCCUAGGCCCACCUCUGACUGCCCUCCCACCCACCAGACCCAGGUCCGGAACCACCAGACCCAGGCCCACAUCCAGCAGACUCAGCAUCGCAGAGAGAGACUCACCACUGAGCCUACACACAGCCAGCAGUCAGAGUCCCAGAUCCAGCAGUCAGAGGCCCAGGCCCAGCAGUCAGAGGCCCAGAUCCAGCAGUCGGAGGCCCAGAUCCAGCAUUCAGAGGCCCAGAUCCAGCAGUCAGAGGCCCAGACCCAGCAGUCAGAGGUCCAGACCCAGCAGUCGGAGGAUCGGAGAGGGAGUCCCAUCACUUCUGACCCCCCUCCCACCCACCAGACCCAGGCCCAGAACCACCAGACCCAGGCCCAGAACGACCCUCGGCUGCCAGAGGCCUGGCAGACCAUGCAGCACCGUAGAGAGAGCCUUACCAGCCCCAGGCCCGACUCCGACUCCCCACCCAGUAAGGCCCAAAAUUACCAGUCUCAGGCCCAGCAGCACCACAGAGAGAGUCUCCCCAGACCCCGGACCACUUCUGCCUCCCCUCCCAGCCACAAGGCCCAAAUACAGGACCACACUCCCCACACCCGACAGACACAGCAGCAUCGCAGAGAGAGCACCACCAGUCCCAGGCUCCCCUCUGACUCCCUUCCCCUCCAGGAGAACCACCAGGCCCACAUCCAGGACCGCUCUUAUCAGACCCAGACCCGGGGCAGACAGACCCAGCAGCAUCGCAGACAGAGUGCCACCAGCCCCAGCCCAAGGCCCACUUCUAUCUCCCCUCCCAGCCUGACGAGCCAUCCAAGGGCUGUCAGUCUAUCGCCAUCACCAGUUCCACCAGCUCCACAGCAGAUCACACAGCCACAGAGGGAGUCCCCAGAGGAGAGACAGACAAGGACACAGACACAGAGGGAGUCCCCAGAGGAGAGACAGACAAGGACACAGACACAGAGGGAGUCCCCAGAGGAGAGACAGACAAGGACACAGACACAGAGGGAGUCCCCAGAGGAGAGACAGACAAGGACACAGACACAGAGGGAGUCCCCAGAGGAGAGACAGACACGGACACAGACACAGAGGGGAGUCCCCAGAGGAGAGACAGACAAGGACACAGACACAGAGGGAGUCCCCAGAGGAGAGACAGACAAGGACACAGACACAGAGGGAGUCCCCAGAGGAGAGACAGACAAGGACACAGACACAGAGGGAGUCCCCAGAGGAGAGACAGACAAUGACACAGACACAGAGGGAGUCCCCAGAGGAGAGACAGACAAGGACACAGACACAGAAACAGGUAACUGCCUGAUGCUGCCAACUCAACAGGGUUUGUUUUAUGUUAUUCGUUUGACUUGACAGGGACCAUGUACAACAAACACUGCACCAGAUUUGACCCACGUACAUGUAGCUAAGUCUCAUCUGAAGUCCGGUCGUGUUUCUGUCUGUCUGUUUAUUUGUCAGUAAGAUCUCCCCUCUGUCUGUUCCAGAUGCCUCAACAGGUCUCAGAGCAGCAGCCAUGCAGGCCUCACUGCCCAGAGCGACGGGCCCUAGAGGAGGACAGGAACAACGCACCUCCGCCUGAACCAACACAGAACAACGCCUCGUUCCCCAGCUUCGUGGAUGGUAAAUAUACUUUUUCUGUAUGGUUCAUUUGAAUCCAUACCUGAGUAAUGCACAUAUGAUUGUGAUAUAACCGUUUAGGGCCCGUUUGGUGUCUGGUGUGGACACACCUUGAGGUUGCUGUACUGCUGCAACCAUAUUGCCCAGCAAUAGGACAAUAACGGCCUUCUGAAUGUGAAUCUGGAUCUGAAUGUGAAUCUGAAUCUGAAUGUGAAUCUGGAUCUGAAGGUUAAUCUGAAUCUGAAUGUGAAUCUGACUCUGAAUGUUAAUCUGAAUCUGACCGAAUGUGAAUCUGUAUCUGAAUCUGAAACGGAGUCUGAAUGUGAAUCUGACUCUGACUCUGACUCUGAAUGUGAAUCUGACUCUGAAUGUGAAUCUGAAUCUGACUCUGAAUGUUAAUCUGACUUGAAUGUGAAUCUGGAUCUGAAUGUGAAUGUGAAUCUGACUCUGAAUGUGAAUGUGAAUCUGACUCUGAAUGUGAAUCUGACUCUGACUCUGAAUGUGAAUCUGACUCUGAAUGUUAAUCUGAAUCUGAAUGUGAAUCUGACUCUGAAUGUUAAUCUGAAUCUGACCGAAUGUGAAUCUGUAUCUGAAUCUGAACGGAGUCUGAAUGUGAAUCUGACUCUGACUCUGAAUGUGAAUCUGACUCUGAAUGUGAAUCUGAAUCUGACUCUGAAUGUGAAUCUGAAUCUGACUCUGAAUGUGAAUCGUGAACUCUGAAUGUGACUCUGAAUGUGAAUCUGACUCUGAAUCUGUGAAUCUGACUCUGAAUCUGACUUUGAAUCUGACUCUGAAUCUGACGCUGAAUGUGAAUCUGAACCUGACCCUGAAUGUGAAUGUGAAUCUGACUCUGAACCUGACUCUGACUGUGAUUCUCAUGCCCAGUCCCAGGUCCAUGUGAGCCGGAGGACCUGAUCGAUGGGAUCAUCUUUGCUGCUAACUAUCUGGGUUCCACCCAGCUGCUGUCUGACAAAAACCCGUCUAAAGGAAUACGCAUGGCCCAGGCCCAGCAGUCUGUCAGCCAGGUCAAGGUAUUCUAUUCAAUUCUAUUUUUUGCCUGCCUAAUAUUCUGAUCGAUCAAUGAAUGUCAGCUGAACUGAAUAUCCAUUCUUCCUAACCACAAUAAAUAUUUUUGCGAUUGAAAAAAAAACUCACCGCUGGAGUACACUUUUUCAACCACAUGAUGGAGCUCUCUCAUUCCUUUUCACCAUGUUUUGUGUGUCUACCAUAAUAUAAUAUAAUAUGCCAUUUAGCAAACUCCAGAAAAUCAGCUCCAAGUGAUUUAAAUUUUGGAAAUCUGUUCCCAAGUAUUCCCACACAUAAUAGAGAGACACGUGAUCGUAUACAAAAUGUAAGCAAGGUUUGAAUUGAUUAUGUUUUAGUCAAAUAUUAUAUCUGUUUGGGAUUUUUGCGGUCAAUUUGCAGUCUACAAAUUAUUUGUAAUUAUGUUCCGGCCCCCCUCGACCAUCCAUCCAUCCGCUCAAGAAAAAAAAUCAUCCCGCGGCAGAAUCUAGUUGAUGAUCCCUUAUCUAUGACGUCUGCCCACAGAGCCGAGAUGAAGACUCUCAGAUGGUGACAGAAGUUGACCUCUUCAUCUCCACCAAAGCAGUCAAAGUGCUGAAUGCUGACACACAGGUGUGUAACACAGUAUGAGCUAUGUGUCUAGGGAAACACUCACCUCUGACCUCUCUGUGUUGCUUUGUAUCUGCCACCGGGUUGGGGUUUCAAUUCAGGAAGUUGACAGAAAUUCCAGUUCCAAUUCCUAAUUUUCCUUAUUGAUAAAAAUCUGAUCUACUGUCAUAAGAGUCCUAUCUUUUCCUCUUAUAACUUAAGGGGGCAUUCCUAGUAUUACCACAGCAGAUACAGUUGAAGUCGGAAGUUUACAUACACCUUAGCCAAAUACAUUUAAACUCAGUUUUUCCACAAUUCCUGACAUUUAAUCCUAGUAAAAAUUCCCUGUCUUAGGUCAGUUAGGAUCACCACUUUAUUUUAAGAAUGUGAAAUCAGUCAGAAUAAUAGUAGAGAGAAUGAUUUAUUUCAGCUUUUAUUUCUUUCAUCACAUUCCCAGUGGGUCAUAAGUUUACAUACACUCAAUUAGUAUUUGGUAGCAUUGCCUUUAAAUUGUUUAACUUGGGUCAAACGUUUUGGGUAGCCUUUCACAAGCUUCCCACAAUAAGUUGGGUGAAUUUUGGCCCAUUCCUCCUGACAGAGCUGGUGUAACUGAGUCAGGUUUGUAGGCCUCCUUGCUCGCACACGCUUUUUCAGUUCUGCCCACACCUUUUCUAUAGGAUUGAGGUCAGGGCUUUGUGAUGGCCACUCCAAUACCUUGACUUUGUUGUCCUUAAGCCAUUUUGCCACAACUUUGGAAGACCCAUUUGCGACCAAGCUUUAACUUCCUGAGUGAUGUCUUGAGAUGUUGCUUCAUUAUAUCCACAUAAUUUUCCUUCCUCACGAUGCCAUCUAUUUUGUGAAGUGCACCAGUCCCUCCUGCAGCAAAGCACCCCCACAGCAUGAUACUGCCACCCCCGUGCUUCACGGUUGGGAUGGUGUUCUUCGGCUUGCAAGGUACCCCCUUUUUCCUCCAAACAUAACGAUGGUCAUUAUGGCCAAACAGUUCUAUUUUUGUUUCAUCAGACCAGAGGACAUUUCUCCAAAAAGUACGAUCUUUGUCCCCAUGUGCAGUUGCAAACCGUAGUCUGUUUUUUUUAAUGGCGGUUUUGGAGCAGUGGCUUCUUCCUUACUGAGCGGCCUUUCAGGUUAUGUCGAUAUAGGACUCGUUUUACUGUGGAUAUAGAUACUUUUGUACCUGUUUCCUCCAGCAUCUUCACAAGGUCCUUUGCUGUUGUUCUGGGAUUGAUUUGCACUUUUCCCACCAAAGUACGUUCAUCUCUAGGAGACAGAACGCGUCUCCUUCCUGAGCGGAAUGACGGCUGUGUGGUCCCAUGGUGUUUAUACUUGGGUACUAUUGUUUGUAAAGAUGAAUGUGGUACCUUCAGGCGUUUGGAAAUUGCUCCCAAGGAUGAACCAGACUUGUGGAGGUCUACAAUUUCUUUUCGGAGGUCUAGGCUGAUUUCUUUUGAUUUUCCCAUGAUGUCAAGCAAAGAGGCACAGUUUGAAGGUAGGCCUUGAAAUACAUCCACAGGUACACCUCCAAUUGACUCAAACGAUGUCAAUUAGCCUAUCAGAAGCUUCUAAAGCCAUGACAUCAUUUUCUGGAAUUUUCCAAGCUGUUUAAAGGCACAGUCAACUUAGUGUAUGUAAACUUCUGACCCACUGGAAUUGUGAUACAGUGAAUUAUAAGUGAAAUAAUCUGUCUGUAAACAAUUGUUGGAAAGAUUACUUGUGUCAUGCACAAAGUAGAUGUCCUAACCGACUUGCCAAAACUAUAAUUUGUUAACAAGAAAUGUGUGGAGUGGUUGAAAAACGAGUUUUAAUGACUCCAACCCAAGUGUAUGUAAACUUCCGACUUCAACUGUAUAUGUAUUAUUUAUCCCCCCAGGAGACGCUGAUGGACAGUGCGUUGCGUACCAUCUCCUACAUCGCAGACAUCGGGAGCAUCGUGGUUCUGAUGGCUCGUACCCGUAUGUCAGGCACGUCCUCGCAGGACUGUACUGAGGCUGAUCUCUCCUCCUCAGAGGGACAGAGACACUACAGAAUGAUCUGCUAUGUCUUUGAGUCAGAAGACGUGAGUACUGGACUGGCAGCCUUAAAAUAA